AUGUCCGAAGUUGAAGAAACUAUCAAGAGACUUUCAUCUCACAAAGGGGUUGAAGGUAUCGUGAUUGUCAACAUGGAGGGUAUUCCCAUUCGCACUACAUUAGACCAUGACAAGACGAUUCAAUAUUCUGCGCUGAUUACACAACUUGCUGCCAAGGCGAGGAGUGUGGUGCGAGAUCUGGAUCCACAGAAUGAUCUUACGUUUCUCCGUAUCAGAUCCAAGAAGCAUGAAAUCAUGGUAGCACCAGAUAAAGAGUAUAUUCUUAUAGUUUUGCAGAAUCCUCAUCAGAAUUGA